AUACACUUCUUUGGGAGGAGUUAUUUUUGUCAACUUUUUUUCGCACCUGAAUAGUCGAAAUGGGAGAUUUACAAUACAUUUUUCUGCUGGCAUGCACAUAUUUCGUUUAUCAAGCUGAUGGACGCAAAACUUUCAGGGACAUGUUUCCUCACAAGCACACAUUUCCAGGCAAGUUUCCAUUCCCAAUCCCAAUCCCAUCAAUCCCUGGAUGGAGCCCUGACACCAACCCGUGGGACGAUUACCUUUACCCACCAUUUAUCCCAAAGCCAAAGGAGCUCAUGCAUCGAAGAGCUAAGUCUGUCAAAGUCCGUCUGACGAGUGAUAGUCCGGCCAUCAAUGGUUCCUGCAUCUCCUUCACUGCUAAGCUGGAGUACCCACCAUGCCAGAAGGAGGAUGCCAACGGGGAUCUCAUAUGGGAUGAGCACUGUGACGACGGUAUGGAGCUGGAGGCCUCAGCUAAUGGACAAGUGCGCUCUGGCUAUGUGUACAACUGGACUUCCUGGAUGGACGACUACGGCUUUGGCAAGUGCACCGACCUAAAGAGAUGCAACGUGUUCCCCGAUGGGAAGCCCUUCCCUCAGACCAAUGACUGGAGGCGCAGAGGCUACGUCUAUGUGUGGCACACAAUGGGCCAGUACUAUGAGACCUGUGACGGCUCCUCCUCCAGUCUGACCCUCAACACCACCAACAUCACCCUGGGGGCCGAGGUCAUGGAGGUCAUGGUGUACAGGAAACGAGAGCGCAGGAAGUACAGCCCCCUCGCCACCGACAACUCUGUGUUCUACGUCACAGAUAAGAUCCCCUUGUCAGUCAACAUCUCCCAGAAGGCUGCGGUUAACCAGUCGACUAACGUCUUCUUCCGUGGUGAGAACGUCGUCUUCAAAGUGCAGGUCCACGACCCCAGUGGCUACCUCAAAACCGCCGCCGCCGUCGAUUACAUCUGGGAUUUCCGAGAUGGCAACCAGCUUGUGACCCACAGCAAUGUAGCCACACACGCCUACAGCACACUGGGGAACAUCAGUGUGAAGCUGAUGGUCGAGGCGGCGUUCCCCAUUGAGUGCCCACCCGCUGGUGCCACCACAACUCCCAGGAGCUCCACAGUGCCGCCUCCCACAGCGGCUCCCACACCUCCCCCCGGCACCCACGCCAUCACCACCAAAGUGCAGACCACACAUGCCCCGGCCACCACCGCCCCCCAGCCCCUCCCCACCACCACAGCUGCUGCCAUGACAACAGGCUUCCCCACCACAGAGCCCCUGCCCCCGACCGUGGCUGAUGUGACCCCCGGCCCCAACACCACCGCCCUGUCCUGGCUCCGCAGCAGGCGUGUGGGCGACAGCAACGAAUGUUACCGCUACCUGUAUGGGACCUUCAUGGGUGACAUCACCAUCAUCGAGCCCAAGCAUACACUGGACAGCCAGCCGCCCAGUCGCAUCGUGGAUGUGUCCGCUGCCAGAGUGACCAACACUGAAAUCAGCUUCCUUGUCAAAUGCCUGGGCAGCUCCCCCACCUCGGCCUGCACCAUUGUGUCAGACCCCAGCUGCACGCAGGUGCACAACAUUGUGUGCGAUGAUGUGCCGCCGUCAUCAGACUGCGAGGUGCGUCUGAGGCGGACCUUUUUGGAGCCGGGCACCUACUGCGUCAACAUCACCUUGGAGGACACCAGCAGCCUGGCCCUGGCCAGCACCACUGUCACCAUCAGCAAGUCACAGGACACACCUGUCGCCCAGAGUCAUCACACCGCAGAGGUGGUGCUCUCCUCCAGUGCUGUGUUAGUGGCCAUCUUUGCUUUCAUUGCCUUCCUGGUCUAUAAGCGCUAUAAGGAAUACCGGCCUGUUCGCAGGUCACUGGUGGAAGACGCCAGUGACAACAUCGGGGUCGGAAGUCGAAUGGGCCGGCUGAAGGACGCCUUCUUCCCAGCCAGCGAGGAGAGCCGUCACCUGCUUACCGACAGACGCCCCCUGUAGGCGUCCUGCGGCACCUGCGGCUGAAAUCCCUUUUCUUCCUUUACAUGUCAAAAACACUGAGGCCUGUGCAGGGGAGAAGCACGAGAGCUAUGCAAAUAAAGCAAAAGCCUUCAUUUUUAAGAGUUAACAUAGCAGGAAUCACAUUUUAUGUCUGCGGAGAAAUAAUUUUAGUAUGCAAAACUAAUGGCUUGCAGUCGUUGAGAGAAGUGUAGUGAAUAGCUAAUGCUUUGGCAGAAUGUGAUUGGGAAGUCAGCGUAUUAAAGAGGCGGUUAAGUGUAAAAGCUAGACCCUACUUCAUUUCAUUUCCUUGUUCCUUCCCUUCAUCGGAUGCAGAGGUUGCUAGGGAACGAAAUAGUUCCACACCAUGACUGCUUUGUCCUCUUAACAUAGAAAACAUCACUUUUGUAUGUCUAAACCUACUAAAAAUGUCAAAACACUGUGCCUACCGGUUAUUAUCCAUAGAAAAGUGUGAAAUUUUGAGAUGAAUCUUUUUCAAAUUUAUGUGUUCAAGAAAUGCUUUUAAAAAAAUCUUAACACCAGUGCCAUGACUGAUUGUAAUUACUGGA